UGGCAUGGCGGUGACUCACAAGGUCUCCAUUUGGCUGUCCGGUGUGGCUGCAGCAUGUGUGCUGUUUGCAGCAUUUUCCAGGUAUGACGCUUGGACUCUGCAUCCGGAUGAUGCCAAUGAGGGCGAUGAGCAGGUGACGUCCAGAAGAUUGGCAUUGGAACAAACCGAUCCCAGGCUGGACAAGCUCAUCAGCUACCCUGCGACACCGGCAUCUCACCAGGACAAUGCCUGUGGCAUGAAGAACGGGAGGAGUUUCACAUUGGAUCCUGGCAUUCAUUCGAAAAAAGGGUCCGGCUUUGUCAACAUGACAGACGGAUCACCUCAAGGUGUUGAUUUACCCACAGCCGAUUUUGGGUUUGAAGAAAGACGAUUGAAUGGAGCCACUACCACAACCGUAUCCACCACCUCCAGUACCAGUAGCAGUACGACAUCAAGUACAUCAAGCAGCACCAGCACCAGCAGCACCUCAACCACAACAUCGUCAAG